GGUGACUUGUCCGUGUUUUGUGAAUGGUGAGUUCAAAUUAAAGGAGGGCUGUGAUUAUGAAUGGGUUGAAAGUUAUUCAAAUAAAUACAAAACAAAAACAAAAAAAACCAAGUAGAUCUACCGCUCUUUAAGUUACUCUACUUCACACGAUUUACAUUGCAUUUGAGGAUUCCCCCCCCCCCCCUCCUCGUUGUUCUCAUUAUCUACCCCAACUGUCAACAUGAAAUCGUCCAAAUAAUCGAUAUUUUCCCGCACUCGACCAACGCUGCACAAGUAAGCGUGAAAUUUCGCAAUUGACAAGGGGCAGGUCCCAACAGUUGUGUUAAAGGGCAACUUCAGAAAAGGAAAGCUUCCUGUGGCAGUUGAAACAAGUCCUUGUGUUCAGGCAUAGUCAUUUAGUGGGAGUGUAUAUAUAGAGAAGAUUACUUCCUGUUGGUUGAGACGUGACAAUUUCUGUACAGCCGCAGUGAUCAACAUGACAGGUCUGGUUAAAGCAAAGCAGUAUGACUGGAAAGACAGCAAUCUGGCUCUGUUUGGAUCUGACACAGAGAAACAGGUCAAAAAGGAGUCUGCGGAAUCAGAGCCGGCAUGGAAAGGAAUUGGACAGAAGCCAGGAGUCCAGAUCUGGCGGAUUGUGAAAUUCAAGGUAGCCUCCUGGCCAAAAGAGGAUUAUGGGAAAUUCUACAAUGGUGAUUCCUAUAUUGUUCUGAAUACCUACAAGGAAGAAAGCAGUGAUGAGCUCCUGUACGACGUUCAUUUCUGGAUCGGAAAAUACAGUACACAGGAUGAGUACGGAACCGCAGCAUACAAAACAGUAGAACUCGACACGUUUCUCGACGACAAACCAAUCCAGCACCGAGAAGUCCAGGGAUUCGAGUCCGAUCUCUUCAAGUCUUACUUCGAUACAAUUACAAUCCUAGAUGGUGGAGCAGAAAGUGGAUUUAACAAGGUCACCCCAGAGAAAUACGAAGCUCGUCUGUUUCACUUCUGUGGCACCAAGAAACUUGUGGAAGUCAGACAGGUUCCGCGGGCCGCCAGUCGCCUUGAUAGUGGUGAUGUAUUUAUUCUGGAUCUGGGUCUCACUAUUUACCAGUGGAACGGCAGAGGCAGCAACAAGGAUGAAAGGAUGAAGGCAAUGCAGUAUCUGAUUGCUUUGAAAGACGAGCGCCGAGGACGGGCAAAGUCGGAAGUCCUAGAAGAAGAGGGAUUGUCCAAAAGUCACGAGUUCUACCAUGCACUUACAGAAGAAGAUGUUCCUGAUGAAGCAGAAAAUAUGAAGCCCAAGGACCUCACUGUGGAACUCUUCAGACUGUCUGAUGCCUCAGGGAAAAUGACAUUUAAUGUGGAGAAAACGGGAUCAGUUGCCACGUCAGACCUGGACAGCAAGGAUGUGUUUAUUGUUGACACCAAAAGAGCCGUGUAUGUCUGGAUUGGACUGGAUACAUCGGAGGCAGAAAGAAAGAAUGCCAUGUCUUAUGCCCAUAAAUAUCUACAAAACACCGACCACCCACUUCUGAGUGUGACCUGUCUGGCUGAAGGUAAACACGACAAACAAAUCCGCAUCGCCCUCAGUGCUUAGUCACGGAAGUCGUAUACAGACAUGUGGUAGCCGAAUUAAAACCCGGGACUCAUCUUAGUGAAGACAGAAUAGUGGACUAGACAGCCAAAGCCCUCAAUGCUCACGAGUCAGCAAUAAUAUUUUUGUACUGUAGCAAUACUAUCUAGUUUUUCUAUGCAUUUUAUGGAUUUUUUUCCAUACUGAGAGAAAAACCAACUUUAUUCAAAGCUUUUCUUAGACACAGGCCUGAAUUCAUUUCUCCUUUUUUCCAGUAAGUUAUUUGUUUUUCUCAUAUCAUUUAUGUGUUUUGAUUCAGGUGAACAGACUUCAUGACUUUGGUCUGUUAAUAAGUACUAUUUACUUUAUGUGCAAUAUCUGUUACAAUUAUUUGUUAAUCUUAAAUAUUUAGAAAUAUAUUAUCGCAAACAUGUA